ACCCGGCGCGCUCUUCCGCCGCUGCACCGCUGCGGGGUCGGUUGGCCGGCGGUGGCUGGAGAGCGGGAUCCGCUCUGCGCGCGAAUGAAUGGGCGUCCGGGGCACGCGCGCGCUCGGGGCUGAAGGGCAUUAGGACCGUGAGGAUCGCUCGGCGCUCCUGUCUCUCCUAUCACCCCCCCCCCAACCUUUCUCCUUUUUCUGCUCUGCAGGACUGAGCAGCCAGGCGCGAGCGAAAACAAACAGCUGGGGCUCCGAGCGCCCCCGCGGCCCCAAGAGUACGCCGGCCCCGGCCCCCAUCCAGGGCGCCUGUCCGCCUACAAUGAGGAAGAUCCGCGCCAAUGCCAUCGCCAUCCUGACCGUAGCCUGGAUCCUGGGCACUUUUUACUACUUAUGGCAGGACAACCGAGCCCACGCAGCAUCCUCCGGCGGCCGGGGCGGGCAGAAGGUCGGCGGAAGGCCGGAGCAGCUCCGUGAGGACCGCACCAUCCCGCUCAUUGUGACAGGAACACCUUCCAAAGGUUUUGAUGAGAAGGCGUACCUGUCAGCCAAGCAGCUGAAGGCGGGAGAGGACCCCUACCGGCAGCACGCCUUCAACCAGCUGGAGAGUGAUAAGCUGAGUCCUGACCGGCCCAUCCGUGACACUCGCCAUUACAGUUGCCCGUCCGUGUCCUACUCCUUGGACCUGCCGGCCACCAGUGUCAUCAUCACCUUCCACAACGAGGCGCGCUCCACUCUCCUGCGCACAGUGAAGAGUGUCCUCAACCGAACUCCUGCCAACUUGAUCCAGGAGAUAAUUUUAGUGGAUGACUUCAGUUCAGACCCCGAGGACUGUCUGCUCCUGACCAGGAUCCCCAAGGUCAAGUGUCUGCGCAAUGACCGACGAGAGGGGCUGAUCCGGUCCCGAGUUCGCGGGGCAGAUGUGGCCACAGCUGCCAUCCUCACCUUUCUGGACAGCCACUGUGAAGUGAACACCGAGUGGCUGCAGCCCAUGCUGCAGCGGGUGAAGGAGGACCACACCCGUGUGGUGAGCCCCAUCAUCGAUGUCAUCAGUCUGGAUAAUUUUGCCUACCUUGCAGCAUCUGCUGACCUUCGUGGAGGGUUUGACUGGAGCCUGCAUUUCAAGUGGGAGCAGAUUCCUCUUGAACAGAAGAUGACUCGGACAGACCCCACCAGGCCCAUAAGGACACCUGUCAUAGCUGGAGGAAUCUUCGUGAUUGACAAGUCCUGGUUUAACCACUUGGGAAAGUAUGAUGCCCAGAUGGAUAUCUGGGGGGGAGAGAAUUUUGAGCUCUCCUUCAGGGUGUGGAUGUGUGGUGGCAGUUUGGAGAUCGUCCCCUGCAGCCGCGUGGGCCAUGUCUUCAGGAAGCGGCACCCCUACAACUUUCCUGAGGGCAACGCCCUUACCUAUAUCAGGAAUACCAAGCGCACUGCGGAGGUGUGGAUGGACGAAUACAAGCAGUACUACUACGAAGCGCGGCCCUCGGCCAUUGGAAAGGCCUUCGGCAGUGUAGCCACUCGGAUCGAGCAGAGGAAGAAGAUGAACUGCAAGUCAUUCCGCUGGUACCUGGAGAACGUGUACCCAGAGCUCACGGUCCCUGUGAAGGAAGUGCUCCCUGGCAUCAUUAAGCAGGGGGUUAAUUGCUUGGAAUCCCAGGGCCAGAACACAGCUGGUGACUUCCUGCUUGGAAUGGGGAUCUGCAGAGGGUCUGCCAAGAAUCCCCAGCCAGCCCAGGCGUGGCUGUUCAGUGACCAUCUCAUUCAGCAGCAGGGGAAGUGCCUGGCUGCCACGUCCACCUUAAUGUCCUCCCCGGGGUCCCCGGUGAUACUGCAGAUGUGCAACCCAAGAGAAGGCAAGCAGAAAUGGAGGAGAAAAGGAUCUUUCAUCCAGCAUUCAGUCAGUGGCCUCUGCCUGGAGACGAAGCCUGCCCAGCUGGUGACCAGCAAAUGUCAGGCUGAUGCCCAGGCCCAGCAGUGGCAGCUGCUGCCACACACAUGACGGUAGCCCUGGGGCCUCCUGUACAUUUUGCAUGAGACUUUGGGACUGGAAGGGUGGGGGAGAGCAGAGUAGGCCAUUUCCAUCCCCUCACAUUUCUGCCAGUAUUAUCAGCAAACGCCUCACCACCACACACGUUUCUCCAAAGCUUGUUUGAGGAGGGUGCAGGGGGCAUGCCUCGAUACCCUCUGUACCAUCUCAGCCUUGCACGGGGAGAGGAGAUGGUCAGGGUGCUGGACUGUUGCUGGGCAGAAACUGGCAGGUGCCCCUGGCCCUUUGUCCUCUCCCUCGAUGCUUCUUGGUGCCCAGACUGGUGUGUGGGCCCUCCCCUUGUUGCCUGAGGAGGACAAGACAGCAGCUCACUCAAAGAGUCCAGAGGCCUGCCUGUGGAACAGGCAUGAGAGGAGAAAGUGGGCAAUGUGGAUGGAGAGGCCUAAAGCUGGGAACAGAAGGAAGGAGAGGAGAGGGGCCGGUGAGGGCAGGCAGGAGGGGACCUGUCAGAGAGCCAGACCCAGGGAAUGCUGGGUGGGGUAUGGGAGGGAUGAGAGCUUGGGGGCAGAGCAUGGAUAUUUUGUAAGAAAACAUGGGUGGGAGAGCAGAAAGCAUCAGAAGACCAGGUCUCGUAGCCAGGAUGUUAUCCUGCCAUGCUUCUCCAACCCCAGGGUACUCACAUCCUUAGCAAGAGGCUGCAGAGGGACCAUUAGCGGAAGACUUGUGGAGCACAGUUAUUAAACAGACUCCAUACUUUUCUGGCCCAAUGUUUGAUUGAGAACUCAGUCUUGGGCCUUAAUGCCCAGUCCCUCUCCCUCACCACCGGGGCCCAAUGGGAGGAUGCACAGCCCAUUCCUCCUUUGUAAUUUUCAAUUCUUGUUUUCUCAAAGAUCUCUGCCAAUCCAGCAUCACGGGUCAGAGUGUCUGGGAGGAAUGGGACCUCCUUUCUGGAGCAUGAACUAAGUCAUCAGGGGCUAAACUACUAAGGCUAAACCUCAUCCUCAUUCCACUCCCUGUGAUGGGAGGGAUUAUCUCAAAGGCUCAGCUACUGCACUGUCCUGGGAGGCUGGCUGGUGGCUGCUGUUUGUGUAGAUAACCUUUAGAUCCUUCUCACAGCCCCUGAGAACUACCACAUCUAUCCCAUGGCCUUGUCUUGCCACCUCUGCUGUUCCCUUGCCCUUUCCCCUCAUCCCACUAGCUCAGGCAGUGUGGGCAAAAGACUAUUGGAACCAGGAUCCCUGGGGGUCUCCUUCCCAAAGCAAACCGGUUUGGGGUGGACACAUCUACCCUAGAAGCCCCUAGUCUUUCAUAGACUUGUAAUCCACAUACCCGUAGGGAGUUUAUGGAUUCCAGAGGGUCUAGGAAUUUCCAGAAAUUGUCUCCCAAAUAUUGCAUAUAUGGGCAUAUAUGCAUUUUCCUGGGGAGAGAGUUCAUGGGUUUCCCCAGGUUCUUAAAGAGGUCCCUGAUCCCCAAAGGGUCAGAACCUCUGCUCUGGAUUGGAGUCACUGUCCAUCUGACCUGCCUUCUGACUCGUCAUCUGACUCAGUCUCCCUCCCUGGUGUGCCCAAACUGCAAUGGCCUACUCCCUCUACAUGGCCCACUCCCUCUACAUGACCCGUGGGUCAGAAGCCAAGUGUCCAUGCUCUGAGGUAGCCACUCUGGAGGGUUCGCCAGCAAUUUCCUCUCACCUCCUGACUCUCACCAGCGUCCUCUGGGCAAUGCUCAACCACAUGCCCCCUGGACUCACUGGCGCAGGCAGGCUCUUUGCCCCCAUGGCCACACUGCUCCAGGCCUCUGUUGUGAUGUUUCAUCAAUGUCAUCUGUGGGCCUCGGAUCCCCUGUUCAACCAGGAGGCCUCCUGCCACAGCUUAGGACAGAAUUGGGACAAGGGCAAAGGCAUCUCCCUAGAAGAUGGACUAAAAGGCCUGGGCCAUGCUCGUGUGUGGACCUACAGCAAUGGGGAACGCGGGCUGCUUUUCUUAAAUGUAAGAGGACCACUGCUCAGGGGGCCUUUGAGAGUGUCUCACUCUACACCAGGCCCUGCACUGGUCAGCUGUCCUUUGUGGUGAUUCAGCCCUAUUCUGGUUUUGCUUUUCCUCUUCUUGACCAAAGCAUGUGCCACUACCUGUCCUUGAGGACCUUGUCUUUAUGAAACACACACCUGGAAUAAAACCACUUCUUACAUGUU